GGCAGCCUGUCUUCGCUCACCGGCCAGAUCUCCAGCUUCACCAAGGACAUCCUGCUGGAGGGCGCGGAGGAGGUGGGCGAUGCAGCAACAGAACUCCAUGUGUCCAAUUCUAGACUCAGAGAAAUAGAAAGUAUUAAUGCAGCACAAAAGCUUGAAAAUGAGAGACUGAAAAAAGUUUGUAGUGAUUUAGAAGAAAAGCAUGAAGCAGCAGAACUUCAAAUAAAGCAGUUAUCUAUAGAGUACCGAAAUCAGCUUCAACAGAAAGAGGUGGAAAUCAGCCAUCUAAAAGCUAGGCAGAAUGCACUGCAGGAACAGCUGCAGAAAGUACAGACGGCUGCUCAGUCAGCACAGUUGGGAGUUGGUGUUUUACCACCAGCCACUACAUCAGCUUCAUAUGUUCCAGCGGUGAGACGUUCCUCAGGUUUUGAAGGAGAUGACAUGGAUUUUGGAGAUAUAAUCUGGUCACAACAAGAAAUAAACAGAUUGUCCAAUGAAGUUUCUAGGCUUGAAUCUGAGGUUGACCACUGGAAGCAGAUUGCACUGUCUUCCAAAGUGCAAGGGACAAACGAUGCUGAACAAAGCGAAAUAUGCAAACUGCAAAAUAUUGUGAAGGAGCUCAAACGGAAUUUAAGUCAAGAAAUAGAUGAACAUCAGCAUGAACUUUCAGUGUUGCAGGAUGCACACAGACAAAAGCUAGUAGAGAUAACUCGUCGACACCGAGAAGAGCUGAGUGAAUAUGAAGAGCGAAUUGAAGAACUUGAGAAUCAGUUACAGCAAGAUGAUGUGAGCACUGAUGCCAUGGGUGGCUCUAAAAUUAAUGAACAGAAAAAAAAUGCUCAGAGUCUAGAAGGAGGAAAAAUAGAAGAGUUGCAGGUUGUAAAGGACCAAAAGGAUGAAAUAAGAAAAUUAAAUCACAGCUUGUCUUCUGCCAAAGAAGAAAAUAAAAUUCUUCUGAAAGAGCAAGAAUUGGCAAAAGUAGAAAAGAUCCAAAUAAUGCAAGAAUAUGAAAAUCUUAAGUCUGACUUUAGCAAGCUUCAGAGUGCUGUUGCAGAGCAAGAUGCUCUCCUGAAAGAACAGGAGAAGAAGCUCCAAUCAAAAACAGCACUACCAGAGGAUAUUGUCAGACUACAGCAAGCACUGUUAGAAGCAGAAAAUGAAAUAGCAAGACUUUCAAGUUUAAAUCAGGAAGGACUUGAGAAGGAACUGACAAGUUCACAACAUAAAAAUGAGAAUAUUCUUUCUGCAUAUGCUGACAAUCGGAAUUCAGAAUUAAGUCAGUUAAGACAAGAUUUGGAAAGGAAAGAACAUGAAUUAAAUGAAAGUAUUGCUGAAAGAGAAACAUUAAUAGUGGAGUUGGAAGAACUAGACAAGCAGAAUCAAGAAGCUACUCAGCAUGUGAUUACACUGAAAGAGCAGCUGUCAAAGCAACACACAGAAACUGAUAGUAUCAUCAACCAGCUGAAAUUUGACUUAGAUUUUGAAAGAAAGAAAUUAUCAGAAUUAGAAAUGGAGAAGAUGGAAACUAUUAAGGAGUUAGAUAGUCAGAAAGAAAAACUAAGCCAAUGUUCAUAUGCACUUAAUGAUUUGCAUAUAAGUAAGCAGCAGCUUCAAGAUAAUAUUAAAGAUCUUCAGGAACAAUUAAAGAAAGCCCAGGAUUGUAAUUUUCAUCACAAAAAAGAGAUCGGAGAAUUGCAGCAGAGACUAAAAGAACGAGAAGAGGAACUUUCUGUAUCCUUGAGCAAGUUAACAGAAAAAAGUAAUCAGGAAUCUAACUACACUUGUCAAGACCUGAUUCUGAAGAAAAGAGAAGUAGAAAUUGCAAAACUACAGAAUGACGUUUCAGAAAAUAAACAGCUAAAUGAAGACUUAAAGAAAUCUCUGUCAGAUCUUAGAACAGAAAAUGGAAAGCUGAUGGCAGCCACUGAAGAACUAAAACAGGAGUUAAAUAAUGCCAUUUCUGAGAAAAAUAAAGUUUACUCGGAAAAAGACACUGUUGUGGAGGCCUUGAAAAUGGAAAAAAGACAGAUAGAGAGUGAAUUAAACCAGGCAGAGAAGAGGCUUUUGGAACAAGCACAUAAGUAUAAGCAGACUAUUGAGGAAUUAUCAAAAGCACGUAGUAUGGAUACCAAUGCAUUGCAGCUUGAACAUGAGCGCUUAGUUAAAUGCAAUCAAGAGAAAGACUUUAAGAUUGCUGAGCUUAAAAGGAGCAUUGAGCAGAUGGAAACUGACCAUCAAGAAACAAAAGAGAUGUUGACUACUAGCUUAGGAGGACAAAAGCAGUUGACAGAACUCAUUAAAGAAAAAGAGGUAUUUAUUGAAAAAUUUAAAAAUCAAGCCUUGCAAGUGAAGCAGGAACUUGAGGAAUAUAUGAAAGAUUCGAAAAAGCAGGAUGUCUUAAAACAGAACUUGGAGGAAAAAGACAGAAGUCUUGCAGUCAUGAAGGAAGAAAAUAAUCAUUUGAAAGAAGAAAUUGAACGCCUUAAGGAUCAGCAAAGCAGAUCCAUGCCUGUGGUUGAGCCUAAAACUCUAGAUAUUAUUAUUGAACUUGAAAGUGAGGUAACACAGUUAAAAGUAAUAAAGAAUAAUCUUGAAGAAGAAAUAGAAGUUCUCAAGAAAACAAUAGAAGAUCAGAACCAAACAACAGUACAACUUCAGCAGUCUUUGCAGGAGCAAAGAAAGGAAAUAGAUGAGUCUAAAUUUCAGUGUGAGCAAAUGAAUGUCACACAUGAAAGACUUUCCUUAGAGAAAGAUGAGGAAAUAAAAAAUUUACAGAAAACAAUUGAACAAAUUAGAACUCAGUUGCACAAAGAGAGACAGAUUAUUCAGACUGAUUCCUCUGAUCUCUUUCAGGAAACCAAAGUUCAGACUCUUAAUGGAGAAAAUGGAAAUGAAAAGCAUGACUUAUCUAAAGCUGAAAUUGAAAGACUGGUAAAAGGUAUCAAAGAAAGGGAGAUGGAGAUUAAGCUUUUAAAUGAAAAGAAUGUGUCUCUAAGUCAGCGAAUUGAUCAGUUGUCUAAGGAUGAAGUUGGCAAACUUACUCGGAUCAUUCAAGAGAAAGAUUUGGAAAUAAAAGCUCUCAAUGCUAGAGUUUCCUCAGCUUCCUCUAGGCAGGAUGUUCUUUGUCUUCAGCAGCAGCUGCAAGCUUAUGUUCUGGAAAGAGAACAAGUACUAGCGGUUUUAAGUGAAAAGACAAGAGAAAACAGUCAGUUAAAAACAGAGUAUCGUAAUAUCAUGGAUAUGGUUGCUGCUAAAGAAGCAGCUUUGGUAAGGUUGCAAGAGGAGAAUAAAAAGUUAUCUGAUAGAUCUGAAAACAGCAGUCAAGACAUGUCUAGAGAAACUAUUCAGAAUUUAUCCCGUAUCAUUCGAGAAAAAGAUAUUGAAAUAGAUGCUCUAAGUCAAAAAUGCCAAACCUUAUUGACUGUCUUGCAGACAUCCGGUACAGGUACUGAUAAUGGAUCAGGAGGUGUUAACAGUAACCAGUUUGAGGAACUUCUACAAGAACGCGAUAAAUUAAAACAGCAAGUAAAGAAGAUGGAGGAGUGGAAGCAACAAGUAAUAACCACAGUUCAGAACAUGCAGCAUGAGUCAGCUCACCUCCAAGAAGAGUUACACAAGCUUCAAGCACAAAUUUCAGUUGAAAGUGAUAGUAAUUCAAAGUUGCAGGUAGAUUAUAAUGGCUUGAUUCAGAGUUAUGAACAGAAUGAGAAAAAGCUGAAAAGUUUUAGUCAGGAAUUAGCACAAGUUCAACACAGCAUAGGACAGCUUUAUAACACCAAGGAUCUUCUCCUGAGUAAACUUGAUUUGGUGACACCAUCUGUGGCGAUGGCUUCCACUGUUUCACAGUUUUCAGACGUACAGCACAGUACUCUGGAACUACUGGGUGACGAGGCUAAACUUCAAAAUGAGUUGGAACAACUGAAAAAAAAGUUGCAAGAGAAAGAUUCAACUAUUAGAACUCUUCAGGAAAACAAUCAACGACUAUCUGAUUCUGUGGCUACAGCAUCAGAGAUUGAAAGAAAGAAUCAAGAAGGAACUGAGUCAGAGAUAAGGCAGAUCAAAGAAAAACAUGAUGUCUUACAGAAAUCACUUAGGGAAAAAGACAUAUUAAUUAAAUCUAAAAGUGAUCAGUUACUUUCUGUGAGUGAAAAUCUUAGUAACAAAGAAAAUGAAAAUGAGCUUUUGAAGCAAGCUGUGACUAAUCUUAAAGAAAGAAAUUUGAUUUUAGAAAUGGAUAUUAGAAAACUGAAAGAAGAAAAUGAAAAAAUAGUUGCAAGGUCUAGAGAAAAAGAAACAGAAUUCCGAGCACUUCAGGAGACUAAUAUGCAGUUUUCAAUGAUGCUGAAGGAGAAAGAGUUUGAGUCUCACUCAAUGAAGGAAAAAGCUCUUGCUUUUGAGAAGUUGUUGAAAGAAAAAGAACAGGGCAAGACAGGAGAAUUGAAUCAACUGUUAAAUGAAGUUAAAUCAAUGCAGGAAAAGGCUGUUACUUAAGUCAUGGUAGCACUCAAACAGAAGCAAAUGGAGAGCAGUGCCCUGCAGAAUGAGAUACAGCAUUUGCGUGAGAAAGAGCAGCGCCUAAAUCAGGAACUGGAGAGGUUACGCAACCACCUUUUAGAGAUGGAAGACUCCUACACACGAGAAGCUUUAGCAGCAGAAGACAGAGAGGUCAAGCUAAGAAAGAAAGUCUUGAUUUUGGAAGAAAAACUCGCGUCCUCAUCUACUGCAGUGGAGAAUGCCAGUCAUCAAGCUAGUCUGCAAGUUGAAUCUUUGCAAGAACAAUUAAAUCUGGUUUCCAAGCAGAGAGAUGAAACUACGCUACAGCUCACCAUCUCACAGGACCAAGUGAAGCAGUAUGCAUUGUCCUUAGCCAACCUGCAGAUGGUACUAGAGCAAUUCCAACAGGAAGAAAAAGCUAUGUAUUCAGCAGAGCUGGAGAAACACAAAAAACAGACCGAAGAAUGGAGGAAAAAAGCAGAAAACUUAGAAGAAAAAGUUGUAUCACUGCAGGAAAGUUUAGGAGAGGCAAAUGCUGCACUGGAUGCAGCAUCAAGGCUUACUGAGCAGCUUGACAUCAAAGAGGAGGAGAUUGAGGAACUUAAGAAAGAAGGUGAGAUCAGAAAAGAAAUGUUAGAAGAUGUACAAAAUAAACUAAUGAAUCUUAUGAACAGCACAGAAGGAAAAGUGGACAAGCUUCUGAUGAGAAAUCUCUUUGUUGGACAUUUUCAUACUCCAAAAAAUAAACGUCCUGAAGUGUUAAGGUUAAUGGGAAGUAUCUUGGGAGUAAAAAGGGAAGAACUUGAUCAGUCUUUUUCAGAGUUGUUUGUGAAAUUCCUUGAAACAGAAUCUUGCCCAAGCCUUCCUCCACCCAAGCUCUCUGUUCAUGAUAUGAAACCUUUAGGAGCAGCAGGAACUGGUAAAACUAUCAGUACUCCGUCCAACACUCAAACGCAAGAUUCUGCAGUUUUGGUAAUGGGCAGAAGACCAGACACAAAUCCGUUUUUAGCACCUCGAUCUGCAGCAGUGCCUCUUAUAACACCUGCCAGCAGUUCUGGACAUCUGCUUAUGAAACCGAUUUCUGAUGCAUUGCCCACUUUCACACCACUGCCAGUGUCCCCUGAUGCCAGCGCUGGUGCUGUACUAAAAGACCUCCUAAAACAAUAG